AGUCAAAGUAGUAGUUUUCGUUUUAAACAGUGAAAUUUGAAAUUAAUUAACUGUACCUGUCAUGUAAUAAAGGUAAACAGAAAAAUACGAAACUGAAGGCGCUCUUUUUGCAGACGAUAUUUGAAUUACGUUUAAAAUGGAGGAAGACGAUGGAAGUGUUAAGAAAAAACGAAAGUUUGAAAAAUCUCACCAUAACAAGUAUAACAGAUCAGUAACGUCACUUGCUCCUAAGGCUAAUAGUCGGCCUUUGAAUUCAUCUAAUCUGCAAAAUGACUGGGAUUUAUAUUUUCCAGACAAUAUUCCAGAAGGUGAUUUAACAGUAAUGUCGAAAUUGAGAAUUGUUGAACAUUAUUUUUUGUGUUAUGAAGAAGAUGCGUUAAUUGAAAUUCACGAAAACAGAUAUUUCACGUUAAAUGUUUCGCAUUUAUCUAAAAAAGAUUCGUUUUUAUCAUGGCCUAAAUUUUUAACAGAAUUAACGCAUACACCCGUUUUAGUAAUGAGUAUAUUUGGAUAUGCUAUGGAGCGAGUAAUUAAACUGAAAUGUUCGCCUGACUUGCUUGAAAAUAGUAAAUGUAAUUUAGAUAAUGUUCCACAACCGAAAAUAGUCCCACGCUUCAUUGGUUCCAGUAACUUAUUACGUUUUCAAGAUUUAAAAACGUACAACUAUGGGCACUUUGUAACAGUUAUGGGGAUUGUUGUUUGCUCUGCAGACGUAAAACCUUUCUGUGUUGAGAUUGCCUUUUCUUGCUUGAAGUGCCAAGAAAUUCAAAUUACGAAACAAGAAAAAGGAUGUUACACAUAUCCAAAUAAAUGUUUCACUAAAGGUUGUUACUCAAAAACUUUUAAGCCAUUGCUUGAUUCUCCAUAUACGCAAACAGUUCCGUGGAAAUCGAUUCGCUUGCAAGAAUUGAAUGCGGAUCAGAGCGAAGGUGGGAGAGUCCCCAGAAGUUUAGAAUGCGAACUGGCGUGUGAUUUAACAGAUCGGUGCAUUCCUGGAGAUGUUGUCAUUAUUUCCGGCAUAGCGGAUGUCAACAACGCUAAUGAGAAAAAAAUGACUGCGAGUAAAGAUGCUUGCAAUUAUUCCCUCUUCAUCAAUGCAAAUUCAGUGACUUGUAUCAAAGGUAAGAAUGUAGAUGACGUUGAUGAGAAUAAUGACUUGAAAUCGGAAGAUGUUAUUGCCAUUAAAAAAAUUCAUUCCGAGUCGAACAUUUUCAGGCUUAUUGUCGCUUCUUUGAGUCCUAAUAUAUUUGGUCACGAGCUGAUUAAAGCAGGCAUGGCUUUGGCCCUCUUUGGUGGAAGUGCCAAUCAUAAAGAGAAUAGUUUGAAUGCAAAAAUAUCAACGAGGGAAAACUCUCACGUUCUCGUGGUGGGAGACCCUGGAUUGGGAAAAAGCCAGAUGCUUUUGGCGUGCGCCAACGUGUCGCCCAGAGGAGUCUACGUGUGUGGCAAUUCGACGACUGCCUCUGGCCUUACUGUUACAAUCUCAAAAGGGGGUGGCGGGGAGAAUUCAUUAGAAGCUGGUGCUCUAGUUUUAGCUGAUCAAGGUCACUGUUGCAUAGAUGAGUUUGAUAAAAUGAUGCAACAACACUCUGCUCUGCUCGAGGCUAUGGAGCAACAAACAAUUAGCAUUGCUAAGAGUGGUGUUGUUUGUACGCUACCUGCUAGAACUUCAAUUAUUGCAGUAGCAAAUCCCUCUGGUGGACACUACAGCAAAAGUAAAACAGUUUCAGAAAACUUAAAAAUAAACGGUGCCCUGCUCUCUAGAUUCGAUCUUGUUUUUAUUCUUCAAGAUAAUCCAGACACAUUGUUUGAUGAUAAGAUGAGCAAUCAUGUCAUGGGCCUUCACACUGAACCCAAGGUCAGCCAUCACUUUGAAAAGCCUUUGCUGAACGAGUCUCUUAGCAUUGAUGGUGACUUGAAGAAACGAUUGCAAUUAAAAUUCAAUGAGAAGCUGAAUUAUAUACCGCAUAAUUUGUUACAAAAAUAUAUUACUUAUGCCAAAAGGUUUUCUCAGCCAAAACUUACACCACCGGCAUGUGAUUUGAUAAAAAAAAUUUAUUUAGACAUGAGAAGAAUCCACAAGGUACAUCAGGGCAGUCCUAUCACAACGCGGCAGCUGGAAUCCCUCAUUCGACUUACUAGAGCGAGGGCUCGUGUGGAAUUAAGAUCCCACUGCACCGUAGAAGAUGCAAAGGAUGUGAUUCAGAUAAUGAAGUACAGCAUGUGGGAUACUUUUUCAGAUGAAUCGGGCUUUUUAGAUGUAGAUCGAUCCAUACAUGGUUCGGGAAUGAGUAAUCGAUCUCAAGCAAAGAAACUCAUGAAUGGUCUCACAAAAGCUGCAAAGACAAAAGCAGAUGACUGUUUUACAGUUUCAGAAAUUAAAGACAUUGCUAAAACACUUAAGAUUUCUUUGAAUAGUUUUCAAUGCAUCCUAGAUUCCUUAAAUGAUCAUGGAUUUUUAUUAAAAAAAGGUUUUCAGUUGUAUAAAAUACAGACCCUUUAAAAAAAUUUCUUCAAACACUUAAAAUUUCAUUUAAUAGUUUUCAAUCCAUUCUAGAUUCUUUAAAUGAACGUGGAUUUAUAUUAAGAAAGGGUUUUCAGUUGUAUAAAAUACAAACUUCUUUUAAAACACUUAAGAUUUCAUUAAAUAGUUGGCAACAUGGACAUAGUUGAAGGAAACCCCCUUUAACAAUUUACCAUGUUUCAGUGAUUUCUUUAAAAAUAUUACCAAUAAGAACAUUUUAUGUGGGUUCUGAAAUUACUUAAGGUUUUUCAUAACAUGUUAAAGGAGUUCAAAAAUCAAUCAGGGUGCAUAGCUAGAUUUUUCAAUAAAAAUAAGCACCUUUUAA